AUGACCGGUCAACGCUGGAUUUGGAGCUACAUGGUUGUGAUUGCUGCAACCUGGGCGAGCGGCGCAUCGGCACGAGCAGUGAAUGCAGCUGCUGCACAAGAAGAAACGCCGCUCCACUUUCUGACGCUCGGCGAUUGGGGUCUGAACGGCGAUCAACAGACCGAGGUAGCUCAAGCGCUGGGCAACGUUGGCGGCAUCUUCCAUCCGAGUUUCCUGGUCUCUGUGGGCGACAAUUUCUACGACGUGGGUGUGGCGAACGUGACCGACCCGCUCUGGAAGACGGCGUUCGACGACAUUUACACCCACCCGAGCCUCAACAUUACAUGGUACUCGCUGCUGGGCAACCAUGACCACGAGGGAAACAUUUCAGCGCAGGUGGCGUACACGAACGUCGACCGAAACCGCCGUUGGCACAUGCCCUCGUCCUGGUACACGCAGGUUGUGGUGCUCCCGGAUGGCUUGACGACACUCCAGUUUGUCUUUAUCGACACAGUCAUCAUGUCGCCCGACUUUUACUUUAACGAGCUGGAGGGAAUGGUUGCCGACGGCCGGCGUUCGCGCAGCGCAGUCGAUGCACAGCUUGCCAAGCGAGAGACAAUGCGCAGCGACGCGGACGUUCAGCUCGACUGGAUCAAAACGACACUCAGCAGCUCGAAAGCGGACUGGCUGGUCGUGGCUGGACACUACCCCGUCUACUCUGGCGGCUCGAACGGCAACAACCCCGACUUGCAGGACGAUCUCAAGCCGCUGCUGGAAAAGUACCAGGUCGACGCCUAUCUCUGUGGCCACGACCACGAAUUGCAAGUCCUCCAUCACAACGGCGUCAAGUACCUCGUGUCUGGCGCCGGUGCCAAGCUUGGCAAGUACAAUCCCAUCAAGCAAAACCGCUUUGGCGCCUCGACCGGAGGCUUCAUGCUGCAAUCCUUCAACAGCACGACCAUGACGAUCAAUGUGUACGACACGCAGUCCACCGUGUUGUAUCAAGAGUUUGUUCCUCGUGUCCGUAACUUGUGA